CGGGGCGCGAGCGCGACGUCAAGUGAGGCGGCGUUGGGAAAGCUGCAAGCAUCGACUUCAUACAGGACCUAUACACGUCAGAUCGAAACCAAUCCUAAGCAGCUGCUACUUGGUAUCAUCAAAAAGCAAACAAACAAGAUGUCUGGAAUGCCAGCCCUGUCCCAUCUGCCUCCUGCUGCCCUCAACAAAACAGUGGCAAUGAAGACAGUUGACACCAGGCCAUUUGAACAAAGCCUGUCAUUGGUGCCGCCCACCCUGAGCCGCUCCUACCCAACAGAAAGCCGUGUCCUUGACUCCAUCAGAUUUCCCAACAUCUUCACCUCUGCCACUGCCACCAUGAAGACCCGCUACACACCUGCUGACUGGUCACAGAGUAACUUGGAUCACUACAGCGAUGCAGAGGCCACAAGGGGCGUCUCAGAGCGUGUGAGAGAUGAUGCUGUCAGGCUGGUGGGUUUCACGUAUGACCGCACCAACAUCGCACAGAGGGAGAGCUCACAACGACUUGGGGAGAGGGUGAGUGACAUCACCUUCUGGCGAAGUGAGCUGAUGCAGGAGCUGGACAGGAUGCUGGCAGAGACCAACCGGCUAAAUGACUCUCGCAGGAUGCUGGAGCACGCCCUCAAAGACACUGAGAAUCCACUCCAUGUCACAAAGGAGUGCUUGUACUUCAGAGAAAACAGGCAAGGAAUUGAUCUGGUGCGUGACCAUCCUGAGGAGUCUUUAUUACGUGAGGUGGACAUGAUCAAGGACUGCCAGGCUCGCAUGAAGAACCUCCUGGAUCGAGUCAACCUCCAGCUGACUCGAAACCGCGCAGCACGGCAGGACUUGGAACACGACACGAUGAACAAGAACCAUGCCCUUGUCAUUGACUCCACGCAGCACUCCCUCUACAACCACUCUCCAGCCAUCACCUACUAUCCAGGCAUUGAGAGGGUCGACAACACAGUGAGUGUUCCAGAGACCUGGGCGGAGCACACCAAUCGCAACAUUCAGCAGAGUCAGAGUGAGAGGAGCGGCUCUCAGAGGGCACGGCAAGACGUAGACAGCUUGAUAGCAGCCACCCACCAAGAUAUGUGGACAUCAUGGUCUUCCUCCAACACGGCACUAACCCACAGGCUGGGCGAGAGCAAUGACACCAGGAACAAACUUCUUGGACACCGAGACAAGGUACAACGUGAAAUGAAUGACUUGGAGCGUCACAUUGAUCUGCUCAAGAAGGCCAUUCUGGACAAGUCUGCUCCACUGAAGGUGGCCCAAACCAGGCUGGAGGGCCGCACACAUCGCCCAGAGAUGGAGCUCUGCAGGGAUCCUCCCCAGCACAGGAUGGUGAGAGAAGUGCAAGAAUUAAGUGAGAGUGUGGAGUCCCUACGGAUAAAGCUAUCUGAGGCAGAGAGUUCCCUUCACCGCCUGGCCCAGACCCGCGCCCGGCUUGACCACGACAUUGGUGUCAAGACCAACUCCCUUUACAUCGACCGUGACAAAUGUCUCUCCAUUCGGAAGAGUUUUCCCCUGUCACAGCCACACCUUGUUGACUUCACUCUGUACUAACGCAUCCGCUUCAGACCAUACCACACCAGAUGAUGCUCCAUCCACCAAGACCAGUAGUCAUGCUCAUGGAAUUAUUACCUAAACCUUGGCUGUAGGCUACUCUCCUAAGAUCACAUAACUUGUUCACACAUUGAUGAAGGUAUGUUUCCUGUAAGCUGAUAAGGCUACAUAACCUAAAAAGAAGUGCAAGGCUGCUGAUCUCAUUACAGAUGAUUAAGGUGAAUAUAGUUAGCUUAUUCACAAUAAUGGGGCAACAAUAGUUUAGACCAUUCACGUGAGGAAAUAUAGUAUGCAGUUUUAUUAUUUUUUUCAGUAAACAUUCCUUAAACCAAUAAACAUUGUGAUGUUUCUUGUGUGCGAGUAUUUACAUCUCUUUAAAAAGUAGAUCUUUAUUGCAGUGAGACUUAGGAUAUUCACAAAGAACCCAGUUUUUUUUUUUUCAUGUAAGAGAGGCACUGGCCUAGAGCAAUAAGAAAAAUGAGGUGCCAAUCCUUAAGGAAAUAUCAAAAGGAUUAUCUACAUUGGAGGGUAAUUGUCUUGAAACCUCCCUUCCUGUAUGAGUAAUGAGUUUUAUAAUGUAACCAAGUACUCAUGGCACACUGACUUCCUUCAGUUUUGUGAAGUGGUGCAACCUGUACUUAUUAUGUGAAAAAUAAAAUGAAAGAAUCAGGAAAAGGGAAAAUGAGAAUAGCACAUGGAAUUAUUUAUUGACUAAUUUCCAGCUUUUGGGGUACUUAUUACAUGGCCAACAUUAGUCUUUUAACCAAUUUUUAGUAUGUCCUGGGCUUGCCUGUUUUUUUCCUGUGGUGAAUAGUGGAAUCAAAUGGAUAGCAUUAAAACAGCUGGCAAUAAGUCUGCUAGCUUUUAGGGAACAAAACUUGACCAAAGCUGCAAGCAAACACUGCCACAAUAUCUGACUUCCAUAUUUUGUACAUGUAGAACGUCUUUGUAACAAUCUCUACUGUAGUGGAUAAAUCUCUCAUAUUUGCAUCACCAGGAUAUAGCAAUAGAUGGUGAAGCUUGACAAUAAUGAUGAAAUGACAGAAAUGUGUGAAGAAGAGUGUAAGCAGAAUGACAACACUGUAUACUGACAACACCGUAUGGUAGAGAGAGUGGAGAAAUCUCGUAUGCAGAAUGACUGCAAUGCUCUGUGGAAGUGAAUUAAUCUGAGGAUAAGUUACUGACCUUUGUGUACAUUGAGAAGAAGAAUAUAUGUUUAGAGGUUUUGUUUGAAAAGUGUCUCUUCAUAGUGUAUGAUUGCAACACUAGCAAAUAGUCUUAAAGUACUGAUUAGCUAAUACAGGAAGAUUUUAUGUAGCACUAAGAAAUUUGAGGCUGACCAAAUAUCAGCCCAGGCCUUGGUGAUCACCUAUAGCUUGAUUGGUCAGAAAAGCACCCCAUUGUGGCAGACCUGACAUGGGCUUGCACCUGGGUGAGGCUGCCUCUCACGGCAAAUUUAGCCCAUCUUGAAAUAAAUUCUUGUUUCAGUGAUGCUGUCAGGCUAGGCAUCACUUUUAGAAUUGCUGCUUUUGUGCUUCUCUUUAUGGAGGAAGUUUUGCUGAUUAACAGUGACUGUAGUUUCAGUCUUGGAAUAUAGUUUACAUUUUGAGAGAUUUUUGCCAAUAUAAUAAAAGCAUAGUCAUCACCAGUUUGUACUCUACCACGUGUGCCUCAUGGUGAAAAAUAGUGACUUAUUCAGUGCUUUAAUGACCCACUGUGAUGGCACCUAACACACUAGUUAGAUGUGCACCACACACUGUUAGUAAUGAGCACCAUAGACUAAGUUGUAAUAAUGCUCCUCAUGGACUCCUCAUGGAUGAUGUAAGUGGUCUUUGUUGCACCCAAAAUCACCCGUGAAGGAUGUCUGUUCAUGUAGUGAUUUCCGUCCAAGGGGCUGGACAAACGUGAGGUGUCAUGUUAUGGGGAAGAGGUUAAGAGGUUAGUCUUAAGGAGUUAUAAAACUGUUGGACCUUGAGUGCACCAGGAAUGUCUUAAUCUUGCACUAUAUAGUUCAGCCAUCUAUCUACACUGUACUUUGAAAUUGUCAACAAAUAAUAGAGCUAAUAAUUA